AUGGGCAAUCCAGCGGGUCCCCAGCCUCCCAGCGCUGCCAUCUCCAACGAGGAGCAGCCCAAAGCCAAACCCACUCACUGUAAAUGCAAAUGUAAAAAACCCGAGUCAGCCAGCACCUCAGGGCAAGGGAGCAAGACUCUUGGCACGAAAGACCAGCAGCUUUUGCUGAUGUCGCCGGCCUUGAAGUUGGCCGUGGAGGGGGUCCAUUAUAUUGCAGACCACUUGAGAGCAGAAGAUGCAGAUUUUUCAGUAAGUAAAAGAAUAACAGUAACUUGUUUGCAUCAGCACCUUUUCGCUGCAAAGUUAUACGACUCGGGAUCCAAUUUAUUAGUACCACUAGUGUGCAGCUGAAUGUUUUCCACCCUCAUUAAUCAUAAUAAUGUUAGAUUAUGUGUGUCCCCACUCCUGCAACAUUCAUUCAAUUAUUAUUAUUUUUGUAGCUGUUCACAACCAAACUUUCCUCAAUUAUUUUCCUCUUUUGCUGCCUCUUCAACAUCAUUCCCCCCCCUCUAUUUUGUUUCCUUCUCAAGUGAUCCUAGCCAAUCAGGGAAUAGGUACUGUAGAAGAUGGAAUCAUAGCAGCACGUAGCUGAUCACUGUUCGAUAUUUAUGAUGGCGCUACAAGUAAACAAAACCUAUUGGGGGGAGCUUGUCCUGUAGUGGCCACAUGGUGGAUUGUAGCCUUUCAGGGAUUACUCUAUGUAUUGAACAGUUUAUUUUGCAGUGGCCCCAGGAAAACCAUUGAAGGGCUCCUUUCUGCUUCUGACAAAGCUUUUUGUGGAAUCUCACCCCUUCAUUUCAGCACAGAGCUAAUUCCUAUCAUUAACAUCCGAGGCUUCGCACCACAUAAUCUUUACACAUGGAGUCAGUCGUAGCUCCUUUACAAGUACAUUUGUAUGAUAACAUGGGCCCAUUCAUUCAUACUGUACACUUCCAACUGCACCCUUGGUCUUAAGUGGAUAGCUUAAAAAUUGCAAUCAGUUCUUAUUUCCUGCUUGAACUUAUGAGUAGCGGGAGAGGGGAAGCAAGGAUUAAGGGGGAAAGUUUAAUAUCCAAGGUGCUUAAAUCUAUCAGGUCCUUCAUCAGGGUGUUUCAUAUACAGAAGUUCAACCUUCUCUAAUACUAUCUCAUUUCCCUUUCUACUUGAAAGUGCUUAAAAGCAUGUCGGCAAUAUCUGGUAGACUCCAAAAGCUCAGGGUUUAGUGGGAGAGAUCUGAGCCGAUUGUGAUCCAGUUUUUUGCCCCCUCAGAAUUCCAGUGGUUGUGGAAGAAUGGGGAGGGAUGUCCAAGUGUUUAGGUGGGGGAAUAUAAAAGUUUUGUUUUUUAAUGAGGUCAUUGGGGUUUCCUCUUCUUUUCCUUCCACUUAAAAAUGACAUCAAGUUGCCACUGCAACUGAAGUCUGGCAACUGGGCUGAUGUUCCCAUGAAAAUGUGGACUGGAAUGCCCCAUGGGAACUCAUCACUUCACAAUAUUGCAAGUAAGAAAAAUGCUUUUUGAGGGGGAAGCUACCUGAAAUGGUUACAAGUUUCGCAGAGGCUCCCUGAAAAUUGCAGAAGUUCUCCCCCUGAAUACUUUCACGUUGGACGACGGUCCCGUGCACGCUCACAUGGGGAGAUUUUGGGUCAGUUCUAUUCUGAAUAGGAUGUCCAAUGAUCAGAGGGUCUGCAUCCUUCAAAAGGAAAAUACAAAAUUUGCUUUUUCCUGGUGGGUCUCAAUCACGAAUGGUUCACUCACCUGUUGGCUGGUUUUUACAGUUUGGGUAAUUCGUGAGUUUUAUUCGGUCAUGUGGGUCCUCUUUUUAUAAGGUCCCUGAAAAGGCUGGUGAGAUGGAAUAACAGAAAUAUCUCAAAGGAAUGUCUUCAAACUCACCUCUUCAUACCCAACCUCCAUAAUGUUACAUUUUCACUUUGGUAGCUCAGUUGAGGCUCUAACCAAUUGAAUUUUUUCAACUUGGCAAUGCAGUGUGCUGUUCUUUGAGUGCUGGGUGUUGAAUACCACUGAGCUCAAACAGAGAGCCCCUUAGAUUAGAUACAGAGCCCCACUCCUUCUGCACCAGCAGGUCCACAAGCAUUUGGGGGCAGGCAAGAGACACUGUGGACCUGGAUCUUCCUGAGCUUCAAAGGCAGGUUCAGGACUGGCUCAAGAUAUUUGUUUUUUUUUUUAUAAUUGAUAUUUAUUGAAUUUUCAAAAAAUAACAACAAAAAUUUCCAAAAAAAAAAAAAAAUUUUGGAUACAAAAAACAAAAAUAGUGCAUAAACAAAAAAGAAAAGAAAACCCAGCCACAAAGAAAGAAAAAAAAGAGAAACAGAAAAACAAAAAUAUAAAGUCCUUUACAAUCUCUAUUGACUUCCUUUCUAGACUUCCUCCUCCUCCCCUCUUUUGUUUCUUAAUUUUUAAUUUUUACAGCAAAUCCUUUCUGUUUUUCAUAACAAUCUGUCAUUACGUUUCCUUAUUCUAUUUUCCCUCUUGUCAUAUAAAAACUUUAAAACUCAUAGCUUAUAUUCAAUAUUUAACAAAUUCUUGCAUCAUUACCUUUUUACGAAUCAUUUACCAAUCCUUACUUAAGCCAUGUAAUUUCAUUCAACAUCCUUCAAACAUUUGUAAGCAUUCCCAAUAUUAAAAAAUAAAAAGAAAAAUUAAUAAGUCGAAUUCAGUCCAGUCAGCUUCCAACCUCCCUCCCCUGGACCCGGGAUUGUCAGUCCUUUUAACCUCCCUUAACCUGGUUGUCUCGUAUCCGAGGCCCUCAAGUCUCUUUCUUGCCCCUUUCGCCACUCUUGUUGAUGAUUCCUUUCCAGUCGUGGAUGCUCCAGCAAGAAAAUGCUUUUGACCCUUUGCAGCAAGUCCAUCCCAAACCCAUUGCCCAAGCCAGACAGCAAAUAAUACCACUUCAAAUUUCCACAAAGCUUGGAGACUUCGGCUACUCCAAUCCUCUGAUAGCCCAUCACCAGACUCGGAAGGUCCAAAUAACCAUAUGGAGGGGUCGAUCCAUCCCCCAUUUCCAAAUCUGACCACAUUUCAUCUUUCCGAAUCUGGUUUGUCCCAAGUUCAUUUAUCAAGUUCAAAGGCUGAUCUUGCCCGUCCAAAGGUCCCUCCAUCUCUGAAGCCUCCGUCACUACAGCAGGUUCAUAUGCUUGUAUAGCCUUUAACUGAAUUUCAUUUGUUUGCUGCUGUGCUCUGGUAACUUCCAUCCUCAAGGUCGUCUCCUGACGCAUCUGGUCCAGCUGGGCACUUAGUUUUGAAAAACCUUCCAGGAACAAUUGUUCAAGCCUUUGUACUAGCAUUGUCCUUCAAGGUCAAAGAAAAUUCUUUCCCACGAGAAUAGUCCAAUAGUCCUUCUCUUUUAAUCUCUCUGCGUUGCAAUUUCACUAAAUUCCACUAGAUGGAAUUUUUUUUUGAAUAAAAGCAACAGCAACAAUCUUUCUUUUUCCAGAAACACUUUAUCCAAAAUUCCCCCUUCCAAAUUCAAGAGGCAACAGUAGAAUCAAAAUGUUACCCUUCUUUUAACUAACUGUCGAGCUGGAUAAACUUCAGAACGUCAAUUCUGACAGCCCGCUCCUGGUUCAGGGCGGUGGAAAAUUGCUUUAUUUUAAACUCACUUCCGCAGGAUUGAAAAGUCCAAAUACAACCCCCUUUUUCUCCUGCUGUCAAAGGGGGUUCAGAAAUCUUAGAUGUUGAAUUCUAGUUCUCUUAAAAUUUAAUUUUCAGGCUUUAGUAUAUUUUGUCUUUGCUUUCUUCACAUAACAAAAGAACGGAAGGCGACUUCCUGUUUAGACCUUCCCAUUCCGAGUCCCAAUUAAGUUCAAUUUCAAGUCCAAUAUUAUUUGUUUAUUCACCAGUCUUAAAAGUGGUUCAGCUCUUCUAAGAUCAGGUACUCACGGAUAGAUGUUUUAGAUGCCAAAUUGUCCAGGAAAAAGGCAGCGCUCUCCGAUAACGGCAGUGCGGCUUUGCUGCACGGAGGAAGCAGACGACUCACAGCACCACGCACCUCCCACUCCGGGCCCGUUGCCGGGCUCCUGUACAAGGGAGAGCGCUCUCGGUGCCCGCCGAGUCCCACGUCCACAGGCUUCUUCCGCCUGUGGUUUUUGCGGGUCCCCGCUGCGCCGUAGCGGCAGGACCCAAGCCUCCGUGCAGCGGGUUCCCUUCAGUCCGAAGGGAAUUCCGCCAUUUUCCGGAGGCGCCACCCCAGAAGUCCCUGGCUCAAGAUAUUUGGCUGCCUGAGGCACAAUAACAUAUGCUGCCUUAUCGCCCCACUCCCAAGUUAAGGCACAUGACGCUCAAGGCUGGCCAAGUUGUUUUGGCACCUGAGGCAGACAAUCUCAAUGAGCUCCUCUCCCCGUCAGUAAAAUACAAGAACAAAAUUAAAUAAUGAGCAAUUUGCUGCCCUUUCUUGAUAGCCAAAAUCUACUCCCCAAGGCUGCUGCCUCAUGUCGCCCCUUGUGGGGCUGGCCUGGGUCAGGUGAUUCACAAGAGCCAUUCCUAUUCUGUAACCUGCCACAUAACUACAGCCAAGGCCGACCCUCCAAAUGUUCCUAUUUUCCAGGGACAUCCCUGAUUUACUGAAGCUGUCUCAGUUUCUGAUUUGAUCCCGGAAUGUCCCACUUUCCUUGUUGUUGUUGUUGUUUAGUCAUUUAGUCAUGUCCGACUCUUUGUGACCCCAUGGACCCGAGCACGCCAGGCACUCCUGUCUUCCGCUGCCUCCCGCAGUUGGGUCAAACUCAUGCUGGUAGCUUCGAGAACACUUUUCCAACCAUCUCGUCCUCUGUCGUCCCCUUCUCCUUGUGCCCUCCAUCUUUCCCAACAUCAGGGUCUUUUCCAGGGAGUCUUCUCUUCUCAUGAGGUGGUCAAAGUAUUGGAGCCUCAGCUUCAGGCUCUGUCCUUCCAGUGAGCACUCAGGGCUGAUUUCCUUCAGAAUGGAGAGGUUUGAUCUUCUUGCAGUCCAUGGGACUCUCAAGACUCUCCUCCAGCACCAUAAUUCAAAAGCAUCAAUUCUUCAGCGAUCAGCCUUCUUUUCCUUAGGAUGUCACUAUUUUCACUGGAGAAAUGUUGGAGGGUAUGGAGUUAUCCGACCCCCAAGCCGUCUGAAGGCAAUCCUGUGUAGGAAAGUUUUUUUUAAAAAAUUUAAUGUUUUAUUAUGCUUUUUUAUAUGUUAGAAGGCAACUAGAGUAGCUGGGGAGACCCUGUAAGAUAGGUGGGGUAUUAAUAGUAAAAUUAUCUUUAUGGAAUGGGACGUCCCUAUUUUCAUUGGAGAAAUGUUGGAGGGUAUGCUACAAGCCAAGGCCUGCAGAAUUCUCUCAUUCUGGGACAUUUGCCACUGACAAAACAACUGGGGUGCCCCCCCCCCGAGGGACCAUCUUCUUCCUCGUACAGCUUUGGCCCCACAUCUGUCCUGCCCAGCCUAGCUCAGCCCAGCCCAUCUGUAUCCUGCUCAGCCCUGAGUCGUAUGACCCCUAGCUCUGACUUCUUGGUCCCUGUCAGGCAUACGAACUCCACUCUUGCCUGCCUCUUCUGCUUCAUGUCAUUUACAGCCUUUCCAGCUGCUGGGGCCUGACCCUGAAGAGUCUCCAACACUGAGCCACUGGUGCUGGGUCUUGCCUCUGUGCUUCUUUAUGUCUAUGUUUAGCACACUACAGUUAGUCGUGAUCGCUUCAGUAGCUGUCGUGAGUUUUUUUGUUUUAAGAAGGCCAGGAGGAAAACGGACUGUGAUGCCAGAACGACAACACUCAUUGAAAGCAAAUCAGAUUGUGGGGGGAGCGAACCUCAGUUCUCAGAUGCUCACCUGGAACGCCCCAUUGAGUGCUGAGCACUAUGACUGGAAAUGGCCACUUGCAGCAGCUUUCAAUGGCCAUCGGUGGCGCCCAACUCUUUCGUAGGACUGAGCACCAAAAUAUGGCUGAGCGUAAUAAGCCAUCCCUAAAGCUAUUAUCCCUAAAGCUAUUAUCUGGGAACAGAAAGCCUGCGCCUUGCAAGAAACAGAUAAAACCAAAAAAAGGCAAAAGAGAGAACUAAAAAGGCUGAGUUUGACUGCAUUUGCCUUCACAGAUAAGCCACCAACAAGACAGGGGAUUAUUAUCACCCCUGUCUACUAUUUACAAAAGUGUCUCUGGCAACUGAGUUUGGAAGGAACACCACACAGCAAAGUCCAGUUCUUAGGAGAAAGUUAAGUGGCUGCGCUAAGUUAUUUUGUGGUGGAAACUAAGCUUCAGUUUCCCAGUAAGAAGAGUGGAGCACACUUCAAGGUCUCCAAGAAUCUCAUCAUACCAUUGAUGACAUCAACAGGGACAUGUUGAGAUCUAGAGACAUGUGAACAGUAGAUCCAGAGGGAUCUGGAACAAUACCUUGGUGUCUGUCGCGAAUUCUCCAUGACACUUUAGCAGAAAUGCUCAGACGUUCUUCAGUGCAGUACAGUAUAUUUAUUGUGAGAUGUAUAUAUAUAUACAAUACACGAACAGUUCAUACAGUCAAACAGAGUACCUGGCUGCACCUUAAGGCAAAUAGGAAGACCUUUCUAUCUCUUCCUCUCUGACCACACUACUCUACACCACCCCCUUACUGCUGGACAGGUUUCCCUUUUAAACCGAUGACAGCCAAUCAACUGACAGCACAUUACUGCUGAGUCUUUCUGACCCAGCACUUGCAUAGAAAGUAUUGCAGGCUGAUUGCAUCAGCCAGUUGCAUUAGCUAGAAAACUCAAGCCUGCAGACUUACUAUCUCACACAGCAUUCUGUGAAUCCCGACAGUGUCCUCAGAGUCCUUGUUUGCCUGCCCAUUGCUAGAAAGUACUAUAUCAGAAUGGAGUGAUCACUUGGCUUUUCCAGGAGGCCUUCAGAUUUUCCAGGAGACACAUUCCUCUAAUUCCCCCCUCCCCCAUCCUUAAGUACAUCAGACCAGGCUUUGGAUUAUAAGGCGGGGAAGGUUAACGAGAUACAUAGACUCUACCCCACGUCUAGCCAAAUCCAAUUUUAGCCAAAUCCAUGCCCCGCAUAGUUUUUUUUUUUUUUAAAGAGUACCAGAGGGGUCAGAACAGUGACCUACUUUGGGAAUUUUAUUCAAAAUAUUAUUUGUUGUAUCUAUUUAACCAAUGUUAUAUACUGCCUAAAGGUAAAGGUAAAGGGACCCCUGACCAUUAGGUCCAGUCGUGGCCGACUCUGGGGUUGCGGCACUCAUCUUGCUUUAUUGGCUGAGGGAGCCGGUGUACAGCUUCCAGGUCAUGUGGCCAGUAUGACUAUGAGCAGCGCACGGAAAUGCCGUUUACCUUCCCGCCAGAGCGGUACUGUCAGGGGUUCAGGGAGAGAGGCACAGGGUAGGCAGGAGAUGGAGAGCGAUGGGGAUGAAUCCCAAACCAGCGAGGAAGAGGAUGACAAUGACUCAAGAGAUUCCAUGAGUCUUUCCAGCGAAUCAGAGGAUUCCCAGAAGGGGCGCCGGUGGUCAAGGCCAGGAGCCCCAGGGGGACGUGUCAGGAGCAGGGGGCCAGCGGGGAUCCCAAAGUGGCAGCUGGGCGUCAGGACCAGCCUCCCCACCAGAGUGCAGCGAAGGGGUGGAGUUUCCAGUGUAUCAGGGGAAGCAGCUCCGGCAGCAGAGAAGGGAGGGAGGUCAGAGCAAGCCACCCUCCCGGAAGGGGAGGGAGUAGUGAAGGGAGUAGUGUAACUGUCAAAAGGAAAGUUAGAGGUUUGGCGCGCGCGCAGGUUCAAAUGUGAGGCGCGCGGAAGUACAGUGAGCCCGGAGGAAGGGCCAGGUCCCAAAGCCCGCAGGAGGGGGCAAGAGCAGUCUGAUUCCGCGUCAGAGGAAUCCAGGAGGGCGAAACCCCAGCGGGCAGAAGGACCCUGCGGAAAGGAAAGAGAGAAAGAGGUGGAGCAGCGCAAGCCUCUUAAACUGGUGCAGGGGAGGGACGGAUUCAGAGGGGACUUCAGCGGUCUAAGCGUAGGAGACGUAGGGCUGCGCGCCUCGGAUGUGAAGCAAACAAUGAACUGCAAUAAACACUUUUGUAUAUAAGAAGAGAUAGGCGUUGGUCUUUUGUGAGCUGAGACUUGAGGCAGCCCUGACAGGUACCUAUUUAUCUACUUGCACUUUGACAUGCUUUCAAACUGCUAGGUUGGCAGGAGCAGGGACAGAGCAAUGGGAGCUCACCCCGUCACGGGGAUUCGAACCACUGACCUUCUGAUCGGCAAGUCCUAGGCUCUGUGGUUUAACCCACAGCGCCACCUGCGUCGCUUUAUAUACUGCCUACUCACCAGCAAACCUCUAAGAAGCUAACAAAAAUAUUAUUUUUAAAAUACCAGUAACAGCAAACAUGAAACAAGUUGGAGAUUCUUUAAAGAAAUGCUGGAAUUAAAUAAAGUUAUGGGCUGCUUCACGCCUCUUCCCACAGCCACCUCUGUGAUAACCACUGUCAGUCAUAACAUCUGCUCUACAGGCUAAUACUGGUACAGGUUUCUUCUCCAUAAUCCAUCUUCACUCUUCAUAGCAAGAUAACCUUCCUCCUCUAACAAAAAACCAAAACAGAGUUAUAAUCAGAGCAUGACAUUUCAGUUUGGGCUUCACCGCCUUUCUCUACCACCCUGCUCCCAUCACCUCGCCCAGACUCGCUUACCCUUGAUGGUUGAGACACUGUGCUGAGCUUAAUUGUUUCUCUGCUUGAUUGGAAUGAUCCAAAUUGGGAAUGUCAAUGUCGGAUUCCCGCCCGAUGUCAACAAGAAGAAAUGGAGGGCUGGAUUCAGCUACCCUGUUCUGCUAGCGGAAGCCAGUGGGAGGACCCCUUGCUAGUACAAUGGGGCUUUCUCCCCGUACUCCUCCCAUACCUCUGCUUUGAAGGGUUGGGACCACCCCUGGGAGAGUGUGCAAGGCAGAAGAGAGGGGAGAUCGCUCCAUCGGGAAAGCAGAAACACUAGCACUGAUUGUGCAGUCUCCUUAAUACUACAUUCACUGCCACCAAAAAUCUAGCUAGCAGCUAAUGACUGACACUGCCCAAUUCUCCUUGAUAGAAGUUCAUCAAGGAGAGGUGAAGUCCUAUGCUGCUUGGGUUUAUAAUAUAUAUAUGCUGAGGUCUGCCAUUGUUGAGGGUUGUGGGCUGGUAAUCCUGCUGAUGUGUUUGCACUGUGCCUACCUUGUUUCUGCCUAACCCCUUCCCCUCUCCAGCCCAAGGGAUGUCAGGUGAGUGGCACAGCCCUACCAAAGCCAUCCUUUGCAGUGAGGCGGUACCUGGAGUGGGACAUUUCCAGGCUUAAUCAGAAACAGCUGACUUUGGCUGGCAGAAGAAGGUGGUUGCUGGUUGAUUUCCCCCAUGCUUGGAUGUACAGUAGCUGUCAGAGGACAGGUUGUCUUUAGGGCAGGGCCAGAGGGGGAAGCAGGUGGAGUAAAGAUAUGACUCUGACCUUUGUACGCUAGGCUAUGUUGUAACUGCAGAAAAGUUGGAGGGUUCUAUACAUACAGACCUCUCUCCAUCCUCUACCCAGGCAAAGAAGAGGCCUUAUCACAGUGCAAGGAUACAUCUCAGGCUGGCAAAAGCACUCAAGGUGAGUGUGGAGCAGAGUCAGCGUGGGAAGAGUACCUGGACCUGAGAUUCCCCCAACCCUGAUCUCCCUGCUAGGGAAAAUGCUUUGUAUGGAGACAAUCAACUGGCUCAAUCUCCAGUUGAAAGGGUUUCAGAGAGACUGGGGGAAGAACUUCUGCCAGAGAUCGAGGAGAGCUUCUACCACUCAGAACAGAGCUUGGGUGGAGGGGGCAACCUUUGGCCCCAGAGGUGCAUGGGGACCCUGGCCUAAUUUCCAAAGCCUCCUGGAAGUCCAGAUCGAUGGCAUGAGUGACCUUCCCCUUCCCAAACAGCCUGCCAGGCAGGGAGGAAUACAGGAAGAGAGAGGGAGGGAGAAGGCUGUGUGGAAUUUGUGUUUUGGGGAAAACACAUUCAGAAGUGCACAUUUUGAGAGAAAAUGCAUUUUCAAAUGCAUAUUUUUGUGCCAAUUAAAAAAAGAAAUCACAGAUCAAUGCAGAAACAGGGCAGCACAGAUUUUUAUUUUAUUUUUUGCAGAAGUGAUAUGGACUGAAAUUGGACUUAGUUGUAUACCUGUCAGUAAUCAAACUUCCCUCGUGAAUGAUCGGACCAUGAAGUAUAUAUAUAGCCAGUUAUUUUUAUCUUCUUAUAUUUAUAUCCUACUUUUCUCCCUCCAUGAAAAUCAAGGAGUCAUAUAUAUGUUUCCCGAGUGGUCACCCAUCCUGGAACUGACCAAACCCAAAGCCUCACAUCCUCUUCAAACCACACUCUGGGACAAUUUCCAGCACUGUGGUGAGGAGCUGCUUGGAACUGCACUGAAGGCUGCAAAGAUUGCAGUAAAUGAAAUUGGGAGAAAGCUAUGCCUUGUGGACUUUGAAUGAUGUGGCCCUGUGAGCUGCGGUUCAUUGCUGCCACAAAUAGCAAAGGGCCAAACUUUUAAAGGCUAGGAGAGUUCAAUCCUGUGCACGUUGUGCAGCCAGCCUCAAAGCAGGAGUUCUUCCUCCUUUCCUUUCUUGUGUCUCGGUUUUCUUGAAGCAACUUGCAAGUAAACCCCACUCCGAGACAAUAAAAGUGUGCUAUAUAGCAUUCGGCAAGACUGGGAAAACAAAUGGUUAAAACCUUGCACUUUUUCGUCCUUUAAAAUAGUGGGGUCACAGAGAUUUGACAGAGUUGCACCCCCCAUCCAUGCAUGUUCACUAGCAUAUGAAAGCAGAGUCCAUCAUCUAAACCAGGCCAAAAUAGAUUGCAGGUUAGCAACUGCAAGUCCCUGGGCCAAAUCCGGGCCACUAAAAGAUGCUUAUUAGCUCCAUUUCCUUUGCCAGUCAAGAAAGCAGCAGCAACAGGUUUGGCAAAAGUGACUUCUGUGGCAUCUUGACCUUAAGACAGAGGGUAAAAAGGUAAAGGGACCCCUGACCAUUAGGUCCAGUCAUGGCCGACUCUGGGGUUGCGGCGCUCAUCUUGCUUUAUUGGCUGAGGGAGCCUGCAUACAGCUUCCGGGUCAUGUGGCCAGCAUGACUAAGCCACUUCUAGCGAACCAGAGCAGCGCACGGAAAUGCCGUUUGCCUUGCCACUGGAGCGAUACCUAUUUAUCUACUUGCACUUUGAUGUGCUUUCGAACUGCUAGGUUGGCAGGAGCAGGGACCGAGCAACAGGCACUCACCCCGUUGCGAGAAUUCAAACCACCGACCUUCUGAUCGGCAAGUCCUAGGCUCUGUCCUUUAACCCACAGCACCAUCCGCAUCCCUAAGACAGAGGGUAGCACCUCUCAAAGUAGCCCUCUGGGAAAUCUACUUACUGACCAGAAAUCUACUUACUGACCAGACAUCUGAAUAAUAAUUUCGUUUAAGCUAAGGCUGGCCACACACCAGACAGGGGGCCUGAUCUAGUCUCCCCUGUUGAUUUUUCCCCCUGGUCCCCCAAGGCCCCACUGAUUUUGGCAGCUGUAGGGGGAAAAAAGUAGACAUGGCACUGAGGUGUCCUUGAUCAGCCCUGUAACCUGAUGGAGAUGCAAUGUUCCCCUUCCCCCAUCAUCUGAUGAGUGGGAGUGAGGAUUGGGGGCUGUGUGGCUUGCAUAACCCUGUGAGGUGUGUGUGCCUGCGAGCAUGUGGGGUGUGGCCCCCCACCACUUUUGCCAACCCUCACCACAAGGAUAAGACCCCUGGGGGGUUGGCCAUGGGUGAAUGCCACCCUCAGACGAAAAACCUUUGCUCCCCUUCAUCUAAGGAAAUCCUGAAAUCCAGUUGCCACCUGCCCAGUCAGAUUUGAUCUGAACACAAUAAUAGCCUCCUACCCAAGAAACAGAAAACCCAUCAACUGCUGUUCUUGCUUUGCAGUCAUCAUAAUAAUAGAACUAGUCCCAUUCAUUGGAAGUCACACAAUAGAAUUUGUUCUGUGUUGCUUCCCCCCUGAUUACUCAUAAAAGAAGCAAUCUUUUAUUUUUCUUCUUUUCCGGUUUUAUUUUUUUAGUUUUGCUUGCUGGGGGAAAUCUUGCCACGCAUUUCUCAUAAAUAUCUUUCAUAACGUUAUUGAAGAAAUCAUUAUGCUGUUAUUGUUUCCCUGAUCCCACACUUUCUUCUUUUUUUGCUGCCUUUAAUUGGCAACAUAAGGUUGGGUGAUGAAAAAUGCAAUAUUCAGGUGCCUGUUUUUCUAGCCUGUCGAUGCCUCUCCCUCGUGUGACACAUCGUGGCGCUUGGUGUUGCAAAGGACAGGCCCAUUGCACGAUUAAUACAACAGAAUUAGCAACAACAACAAACAAACAAUCCAGUGUGUGAGUGAGGACUCGAAUUGGAGGGAAAUAACUUACCACCGGUGGCCUUGAGUUUCCAUCAACUUUAUUUGGGGAAAGAGAGAGAAUCCAUAAUAUUAGAAUGCUUGUUUUGUUCUUGGGUUGCUUCUGAAAAGGGAAAAUUGCCUCUCUAGCUUCCAACGCCACAGGGACUAAAGUAAUUUCCCCAGAAAAGUGUCUUGAACUCUGUCGGGUAAGCCUGUGCUGGCUUGUAUAAAUGUUUUGCAUCAGAAUUAACUCAGUGCUUUCCCUACCUCUCAAAAAAAUCAACCCUUUGCACCAAUGCAACUCAAAUUUCACCCCAAGAAAACUACAUUCUGAAAUUUGUAUGGAUUGUGCAAAUUAGGAAGCACAUAAGAAGCCGGUUUAUACUUUUCAGUGUUUUCUACUCUAAUUUGCAUUGCAAUCAGGUGUGAGGAUGUGGUGGCACUGUGGUCUAAACCGCCGAGCCUCUUGGGCUUGCCGAUCGGAAGGUUGGCGGUUCAAAUCCCCAUGAUGGGGUGAGCUCCCAUUGCUCUGUCCCAGCUCCUGCCAACCUAGCAGUUCGAAAGCACACCAGUGCAAGUAGAUAAAUAGGUACCGCUGUGGUGGGAAGGUAAACAGCAUUUCCAUGUGCUUUGGUUUCCGUCACGAUGUUCUGUUCCACCAGUAGUGUUUUAGUCAUGCUGGCCACAUGAGCCGGAAAGCUGUCUGUGGACAAACACUGGCUCCCUCGGCCUGAAAGCAAUAUGAGUGCCACAUCCCACAGUCGCCUUUGACUAAACUUAACCAUCCAGGCUUCCUUUACCUUUACCAUUACCUGCAGACAGGUGUCUUUCUCCACUUUACCUAGAGAUGCCGUGAACUGAACCUAGAACCUAUAGCAUGUGCUCUGCUGCUGAGCUGCAUCCCUUCUUCUGCAAAUAAAGCAAGAAUCUAGUCAUCAUGGUUCUGUAUUGAAAGCUGGUUUAAAUAGGAACACAGGAGGCGGCCUUCAGUUAGAAUCAUAGAAUCAUAGAGUUGGAAGAGACCACAAGGGCCAUCGAGUCCAACCCCCUGCCAAGCAGGAAACACCAUCAGAGCACUCCUGACAUAUGGUUGUCAAGCCUCUGCUUAAAGACCUCCAAAGAAGGAGACUCCACCACACUCCUUGGCAGCAAAUUCCACUGUCGAACAGCUCUUACUGUCAGGAAGUUCUUCCUAAUGUUUAGGUGGGAUCUUCUUUCUUGUAGUUUGGAUCCAUUGCUCCGUGUCCGCUUCUCUGGAGCAGCAGAAAACAACCUUUCUCCCUCCUCUAUGUGACGUCCUUUUAUAUAUUUGAACAUGGCUAUCAUAUCACCCCUUAACCUCCUCUUCUCCAGGCUAAACAUGCCCAGCUCCCUUAGCCGUUCCUCAUAAGGCAUCAUUUCCAGGCCUUUGACCAUUUUGGUUGCCCUCCUCUGGACACGUUCCAGUUUGUCAGUGUCCUUCUUGAACUAUGGUGCCCAGAACUGGACACAGUACUCCAGGUGAGGUCUGACCAGAGCGGAAUACAGUGGCACUAUUACUUCCCUUGAUCUAGAUGCUAUACUCCUAUUGAUGCAGCCCAGAAUUGCAUUGGCUUUUUUAGCUGCCGUGUCACACUGUUGGCUCAUGUCAAGUUUGUGGUCAACCAAGACUCCUAGAUCCUUUUCACAUGUACUGCUCUCAAGCCAGGUGUCCCCCAUCUUGUAUUUGUGCCUCUCAUUUUUUUUGCCCAAAUGCAAUACUUUACAUUUCUCCCUGUUAAAAUUCAUCUUGUUUGUUUUGGCCCAGUUCUCUAAUCUGUCAAGGUCGUUUUGAAGUGUGAUCCUGUCCUCUGGGGUGUUAGCCACCCUCCCAGUUUGGUGUCAUCUGCAAAUUUGAUCAGGAUGCCCUUGAGUCCAUCAUCCAAGUCGUUGAUAAAGAUGUUGAAUAAGACCGGGCCCAAGACAGAACCCUGUGGCACCCCACUAGUCACUCUUCUCCAGGAUGAAGAGGAACCAUUGAUGAGCACCCUUUGGGUUCGGUCCAGUCAGCCAGUUACAAAUCCACUGAGUGGUAGCAUAGUCAAGACCGCAUUUUACCAGCUUCUUUACAAGAAUAUCAUGGGGCUCCUUGUCAAAUGCCUUGCUGAAAUCAAGGUAGGCUACAUCCACUGCGUUCCUUCAUCUACCAGGCUUGUAAUUCUGUCAAAAACGAGAUCAGGUUAGUCUGACAUGACUUAUUUUUCAGAAAUCCAUGCUGACUAUUGGUGAUCACAGCAUUCCUUUCUAGGUGCUCACAGACUGUUUGCUUAAUGAUCUGCUCCAGAAUCUUCCCUGGUAUUGAUGUCAGACUGACUGGGCGGUAAUUAUUUGGGUCCUCUCUUUUCCCCUUUUUGAAAAUAGGGACAACAUUUGCCCUCCUCCAGUCUGCCGGGACUUCGCCUGUUCUCCAGGAAUUCUCAAAGAUGACUGCCAGUGGUUCUGAGAUCACAUCUGCCAGUUCUUUUAAUACUCUUGGAUGCAGUUCAUUUGGCCCUGGAGACUUGAAUACAUCUAGACUAGCCAAGUAUUCUUCUACUAUCUCCUUAGUUAUUCUGGGCUGUGUUUCCUCUGCUGAAUCAUUUGCUCCAAAUUCUUCAGGUCGGGCAUUGUUUUCUUUGUUGGAGAAGACUGAGGCAAAGAAGGCAUUGAGGAGUUCAGCCCUUUCUGUGUCCCCUGUUUGCAUUUCACCAUCUUCUCCUCUGAGUGACCCCACUGUUUCUUUGUUCUUCCUUUUGCUACUGAACAUACCCAUAAAAGCCUUUUUGUUGCUUUUAACCUCUCUCGCAAGCCUGAGUUCAUUCUGUGCUUUAGCUUUUCUGACUUUGUGUCUACACGUGCUGGCUAUUUGUUUGAAUUCCUCUUUGGUGGUUUCCCCCCUUUUCCAUUUUUUGUACAUCCUUUUUUAAUCUUAACUCAGUUAAAAGUUCUUUAGAUAGCCACCCUGGCUUCUUUAGGCACCUUCCAUGUUUCCGUCUCAUUGGUAUUGCCUGAAGUUGUGCUUUUAUUAUCUCCCUCUUAACAAACUCCCAGCCAUCAUGAACUCCCUUUCCUUUUAGUAUUACUGUCCAUGGGAUCUCACCCAGCACUUCCCUAAGUUUUAUGAAGUCGGCUUUCUUAAAGUCAAGAAAUUGAGUCCUAGUAUGCUUGGCUGCUCCUUUCCGCUGUAUAGUAAACUUCAGAAGAGCAUGAUCACUCGCGCCUAAUGAUCCUUCCACUUCUACCCCACUAACCAGGUCAUCAACAUUGGUUAGGACCAGAUCUAAAAUGGCUGUUCCACUUGUUGCUUCUCCCACUUUCUGGACAAUGAAGUUGUCUGCAAGGCCAGUGAGGAAUCUGUUUGACCUUAUGCUCUUGGCUGAGUUUGACAUCCAACACAUAUCUGGGUAAUUGAAGUCCCCCCAUUAUUACUAUCUCCCUUCCUUUUGCAUGCUUGGCCAUCUGUUCCAGGAAGGCAUCAUCUAUGUCCUCCGUUUGGCUUGGGGAUCUAUAGUAAACUCCCACAAUGAGGUCUCUGUUAUUCUUCUCUCCCUUAAUUUUGACCCAAAUGCUUUCACUUUGGCUUUGAGGUUCUAAAUCUUGGAUCUCUUCACAGGUAUACAUAUCCCUGACAUAUAACGCCACUCCUCCUCCUUUCUUGUCUGGUCUGUUUCUCUGAAAUAGAUUGUAUCCCUCCAUUAUUACAUUCCAAUCAUGGGACUUAUCCCACCAGGUUUCAGUGAUGCCUAUUAUGUCAUAUUUAGUUUGCUGUACCAAGAGCUCAAGCUCAUCUUGUUUAUUUCCCAUGCUUUGCGCAUUAGUGUACAGACGUUGAAGUCCAUUAAUCAUUCCCCGUGUCUCUUAUUUAAGGAUUUUUUCCUCCCACCACUAGGUCUGCGUGCUGUUUGCUCCAUUUGGUCUAUGACAUUUGGAUGAUCAUCUUCAUCAAUUGAUAGACUCCUAAGUUCAGUGAGACCACUUGUCCAUCUAACUCAGGAUUGUUGACACCUGACUGGAAGCUGUUCAUCAGCCUUUUAGGGAGUGGACACUCCCAGUCCUGCCUGGAGAGGCCGGGGGUUGAAUCAGCAACAUGUAGCAUGCAAAUCAUGUUGAAUAUAUUUGACAAUUUUUUGCAGAAUAUAUUUUCCGUGGGUUUGUAUUGCUUCACACUGCUGUGGUAUUUUAUGAGAAGGCAGUAUAAACUGCUCUUCUUCUUGUUGUUGUUUAGUCGUUUAGUCAUGUCUGACUCUUUGUGACCCCAUGGACCACAGCACGCCAGGCACUCCUGUCUUCCACUGCCUCCCGCAGUUUGGUCAAACUCAUGCUGGUAGCUUCAAAAACACUGUCCAACCAUCUCGUCCUCUGUCGUCCCCUUCUCCUUGUGCCCUCCGUCUUUCCCAACAUCAGGGUCUUUUCCAGGAAGUCUUCUCUUCUCAUGAGGUGGUCAAAGUAUUGGAGCCUCAGCUUCAGGAUCUGUCCUUCCAGUGAGCACUCAGGGCUGAUGGAUGGGUUUCAGAAUGGAUAGGUUUGAUCUUCUUGCAGUCCAUGAGACUCACAAGAGUCUCCUCCAGCCUCAUAACUGCUCUUAGGAAUAAAUAAACCAUGUAACCAUCCACCGAGAUAUGCUUCGCUGAUGAAACUUACCACUUAAUUUCACGUUCAUUUUGUCUUGGGGCAUGGGUGCGUGUUGGGGAACCUGUGGCCCAUCAACCCCAGUUGGCAUGUCCAGUGAUCUAGAACGAUGUGGGUUCUAGUCUAGCAACACAGGCAGGAUCAUAAAUUCCCAACCCAGUCUUAAGGACAAGCAACUUUCUCUCUGUCUCUCUUUAAAAAAAAAGGAAAACUAAGAUUCUUGGGAUGCUGAACUCUGUGUUUGCUCACUGGGACCAAAGAGGCCACAUAGCCUGUCUAAUAUCUGAGUGGCAGACAUUAAGCCUGAGUUCCCAACUCCCUUGGAAAUGUUGGGGAUUUAGUCUUGUCCUGCAUAAUAAAUGGAAGCAAUCCAUCAUUUGGAGAGGAAAUGAAAUGUUCUUGUCUGAACUGGAAAUAGGACAGUUGGCUUAUUCAUCCUGUGCACCUUUGCAGCCAUUAUGCUUGAGCACCAGAAUUAACUGGCUGCAGAAUGGCUUUUCUCCCCCAUUACAGGAAAUGAUGUCGUCCUUAUAAAAACAGCUUGAUGGCAUCUGACUCUUUAAAGGCAAGGUUAUUGGGCUUUUUCAAAAGAAGAAGAAGAAGAAUGCCUCCAUACAAAAGGCUAUUGGGACAAAAGGCAGCAUCCAGUAUUAUGUGGAAACGUUUAUAUAAUUUAGCAGAGUUUAAAUGAUCCCCUGUUUGAGUUUAUGCAGCGACAAGUGGGUUGCUAACUCGUUUGAGUCCUAUCAAUAAUUAUACCUUCCUGGUUGAUAUCCCUUUCUGUCCCUCUUAAAGAAAACACACAUGAAUCUGAAUCAUAUUAACAUAAACUACUUUACUAUCAGAUUCAUUCAGGUUUACAGAGUUGUUCCUGAAGGCAGGCUUAGGUUACAUAACAGAUAAACUAUAUACUAGAUAGUAGUGAGUCAUGAGAAGACUGCAUCCGAGCAGUUACCAGUUAACACUCCUUGCAGCACCGACCAACCAGCGUGGAGCCAGUGUGGUGUAGUGGUUAAGAGCUGUGGAUUCGUAAUCUGGUGAACCAGGUUCACUUCCCCGCUCCUCCACAUGCAGCUGCUGGGUGACCUUGGGCUAGUCACACUUCUCUGAAGUCUCUCAGCCUCACUCACCUCACAGAGUGUUUGUUUUGGGAGAGGAAGAGAAAGGAGAUUGUUAACCGCUUUGAGACUCCUUAGAGUAGUGAUAAAGCGGGAUAUCAAAUCCAAACUCUUCUUCUUCUUCUUCUUCUUCUUCUUCUUCUUCUUCUUCUUCUUCUUCUUCAACAACCAACUGACAAAACUGUCUGCCACAUAGAGGCAGUUAGUCCUCUCUUGGGAUGUUGGACUUGACUGACAUCUUUAUAUCCCACAUAUUAGUUGUACUCAGAACAGACCCAUUAAUGACUGGCAUAGUUCCAUUCAUUUUUAUAGGUCUACUAUGAGUAGGACUUAGUCAGCUGCAACCCAAAGUUUCCUAGAUGCCCUUGAUGCUUGUCUGCAGUCAAAACCAGAAAACAAUGUCAGAGCCAAGAUAAAUGUUACUGUCCACCUCUCCGUUUUAAUUACUGGCAUGUGUGAAAACUGAUCAUCCUUUUGGCCCUAACAACUAAUGGGGGUCACCUAACAGCUUUUAAGCUCCCAAAAUUAUUUGGGGGAGGCCAUGACUGUUUAAAGUGGUGUCAUAGUGCUCUGAAUGUAUGGGGUGAACAUGGACCUGGACUCCCUUUGAUUCUUAACAUUUUUUCUUUAAUCUAGAAUGUUUCCCCUUUCCCCUUAGAAAAUGAGCUAUUUGCCCAACAGGAGGAAAUAUGCAGGUGUUAAGUGAGCAUCCAAGCCAAUUCCUGCCCCUCCCAGCUGCAUUUAGGUUCCAUUUAAAAAUGGGAAAUACAGCCAUGUAUCUCCCAUCAUCUCAUCUCAUCUAACUCUCAAUCCCCAUGAAUUCGGUGGGAUUUACUUUCACAUAAAUAUGCAUAGGAAGGAUUGGUCUGAAAGAGGGGAAUUUAACAAGCCAUCACUUAUCAGGAUGUGCCUGUCUUUAAGUUCCUGAUCAGUAUUCUGUAGAAGCCUCACUGCCACAAGGGGAAUGUGGUUGUAUUAAAAGUAAGUGGUUCUUCUAAUUGAGUGCUUGAGGUUUUUUGUUGUUGAUGAUGUUGUUGGGUGUUUUGUUUUUGUUUUUAAAAGGGAAAAACAAAGCCAGAAGACAGGAAGCAAUAGGGUGUUCCAGAAAUGGCCUUGUGCAAUUGAGAUUUUCUAGGGACUAGUGACCUGGGUUUGUUUGGGUCUGUUCCUGCAUACCCUCCAACAUUCCUCAGAUGAAUAUAAAAACAUUUCUCACUCCCCCUGCAACUGACCCUCCUUGAACCCCUCCCCAUUUUUUGUCCCCAUCCCCAGAGCAUUUCCUAUCAGAAAAGAGUGUCACCACCACUUCACCAAUGGGACACAGCACACACACCCUCCGCUGUCCUGGGAAAACCCCUUAAUCCGGAUUUAGUCCAACCACAUGUGGGGAACAUCUUCCCUAGCUGAAGGGCUUGAGAGAAAUCCAGAUGACAGAGAAAGAGCAGGGUGGGAACAUAAGCAGUUCCGUAACGAAGCAGGAAAGGACCUCUGAGUUUCACUCAAAAAAAUCUCAUUUAUUCAGCCCGCUGCAUUUGGAUUGCAACAUUUGUCAGUGUUUAUUUUCUGUUUGCUCUGCUGAAUCACUUUGCAAUAGAGCACAUAGAAAAUACAGAGUUGCUUUGCCCCUGACGAAGUCUGUAAUCAAAACGCAUUGGGCUGAAUAAAUUGGCACUCUGAUUGGUGUCUCUUAAAGGUCCUCUGGUCUCUCAUUCAAAAUGGCCUCUAUCCAACAUCCCAAAGCUCGCGUUUGACCUGGAUACUUGUAUAGCCUUACCAGGUGGGGGAAGGCCAAUGGGUUACCUGAGUGGAUGGAAAUUGCUGUCCCAGGAGUCUUGUGUCUCACUGGAGGAGAGUGCACAUCCAAAGGUUCUUGGUUCUAGUCCUGGGGACUCUCAACUAGAGAUGGGUGAGAGAAGUGAUUCAGUUCACAUUUAAAGGUGAACAUGUGUAAGUCACGCUUUCCGGAACAACACACAAAGUGAAAAUCAGGCACACUUUGAAAACAGCACUUUUCUGAAUUUUGCAGUUCUCCAGCCAAGUGUACAAAAAAAAAAAUCAUGUGCUUGGGUAAAAUUUGGACACAGGUGCAUAUAUUGGUGAAAACUACAUAGUGAAAUAUGUCAUAUUAGAAAACUUUGCCUUGCAAAAAUGGGUUUGCUGGGUAACGUCACAUACAAAAAUGUGUAGAUGUAGGAGAAUGUGUAGGAGAAUUUAGCACUAAAAUGCUGAUGAAUUAAAAAAAAAAAGCAAGCUGAUAUAGAAAUGUGGAGAAUUAAACUUGAGACUGGAAAAAUGAGAAAGUGAAACUGGCAAGUCCAUCCGUCCUCACUCCCAACAUUAUGCUCCUAAUAGUAUUGAGGGUUUUCUUUGGAAGAAAUUGCUUGCGAAUAAAGUAAAUGCUUUUCCUCUGCUCCGUAUGCCAACUAACAUGGGGUCCCCUGAGAUUUAGAAGACAGGUCCCCUGUUGGCAUGUCUGACCAUGGCCCACCAAGACUGUUCAUCUGCCAUUUUGUUGGGGAGUCUUCCCGAAUGCUGGAUUUUGUGCAAAGCUGCUUAUACAAAGAACUACAGGAAGGGGAGAAAUGGACAGCAAUUUGGAAAAAAAAUGUAUAGAACAGCAUGCUAUGUAGGACCCCAUGAGGGAGGUGUUUUCGUUCUAGUGUUUGUUGGUAAACUGGUUUCCAAAAGAUGGUUGAGAUACACUGGCUGCAAAUUGGGUACUGAGCUAUGUUCAAAGUACUGGAACUGGUAUGCAAAGCCCUAUACCAGUGAUGGCCAAACUUGGCCACCCAGCUGUUUUGGGACUAUACUUCCCAUCAUCCCUGACCACUGGUCCUGUUAGCUAGGGAUGAUGGGAGUUGUGGUCCCUAAACAGCUGGAGGGCCAAGUUUGGCCAUCACUGCCCCAUACAGUCUGGGACCAAGAUUAUCUCACCCUUUAAAUACCCAGCUCUGCCAGAAAGGGCAUCCUGCAGGUACCAUCUUAUCAGGAGGUGCAUUCCAAACUCACAGGCCUUUAAUGUGGUGCCACCUACCCUAUGAAACGCCUUCCCUUCAAAGCAGAGACUUUUAUCCCGGUCAGUUCCCCGCUCCUCCAAGUCUCAUUACAAUGAAUAAAGGACCGAGUUCCAGACCUCCAAAUCAAGUUAAAUUGUAAGCUGUUCUUUUGAAAUAUAAGUAGCUCUUUUUCUCCUCUGUGAACUGAUUUCUCCAUCCUAAAAAGUACUGGGGGGGGGUUAAUUGCCCCCCAGAGAACAUGUCUAGUAGGCUUGAUAUUAAUUUAAUUUGACUCUUGGGGAAACAUGCAGACAUUGAUGAAGUUAAAUAAGCAUGGAUGUAAGAAGCUGAAACCAAAUUCUGCCAAAAUUUUAGUCAGGUCUCGUUAGAAUCAUAGACAUGCCAAGUCCACCACUUCAGUUUUAUCAAUCGAUGGCCCACAGCGAUAUCUUCCUGAUGUUUAUUCGGAAUCUCCUUUCUUGUAACUUGCAGCCAUUGGUUUGAGUCCUACCCUCCAGAGCAGGAGAAAACAAGCUUGUUCCCUCUUCCAUGUGACAGCCCUUGAGAUAUUUGAAGAUGGGUAUCAUAUCCUCAUUGGCUUGAUCCAACAGGCUCUUCUUAUGUUCUGACCUUGAAGUGGACUCUCAAACAAACUAGGACCCACUUAAGAUCUCUUAGUAUUAGUGAUAGUGAUGGAGCCUUUGAAUGGAAUGGCUUAUAUGGUCUUACUGAAAUUCAUUGUUUUGAACUAGGGUGGCCCUUUGUCCUGCUUAUCAGAAGGGCUAUCCAGCUCAAGUAGAGAGGGUUGGAAGAGCUGUGAAGUUGCCCAUCCAUAGUUGGAACCUGGACAGGAGACUGGCACAAAUCUCACCUGCUCACAAUCUUCCUAUGGUGAGAGCUGUUGUGUUUCACUUGAAUUAUACACUUCUAAACUUGCGCACAGUGGUACCUUGGUUCUCAAAUGCCUUGGUACUCAAAACAACUUGGAACCCAAACACUGCAAACCUGGAAGUAAGUGUUCUGGUUUGCAAACUUUUUUCAGAAGCCGAACAUCCUCCAUUUUGAGUGUUAUGCUUCCGAUUUGAGUGCCAUACUUCCAUUUUGAGUGUUACACUGAGGUCUGUCUGUUUUUGCUAUUUUUUUCGCAUUGGUUUUGUGGCUUUCUUUGUUUUGUUUUUGUGACUGUGUGGAACCCAGUUCAGCUACUGAUUGAUUGAUUGUGUACAUUGUUUAUUGCUUUCAGUUUAUGGAUCGAUGGUCUCGUUAGAUAGUAAAAUUCAUGUUAAAUUGCUGUUUUAGGGGUUGUUUUUGAAAGUCUGGAAUGGAUUAAUCCAUUUUGCAUUACUUUCUAUGGGAAACCGCAUCUUGGUUUUGGAACGCUUUGGUUUUGGAACGGACUUCUGGAAGGGAUUUUGAGAACCAAGGUAUUACUGUAUUGGAAAAUGGGGUUUAUGCUCAUCUGUGUCCUUUGGGGAGGGGACAGUUCUUAAGCUGCUGCCCUAUUUUUGCACUUGUAACUUGACAGCCUAAAAUAAGAAACCACAGCACGUUUUUUGGUAACGAUUUGCAAGCAGAGCAAAGAGGGGAAUUUGCCAGAUAACUUAAGCGCCAUAAAUAAUUCCAAGAGCUGAUAGCAGAAUCACAACAUGCUUCACUCAGACGUUAGCACCAUCUUGAUGUGACAUGAUUUUUCCUGGCGUUUUGAGAUUUGAAGAAGCAGCAACACAGGAAGUGAGGGUGACGGAUGAUUUUACACAGCUGCUUUUGUGGUAACUGUCAAGCUGGACAGAAUGACAGAUCAGAAGACUGGUUAUGUGGAUAGCAGGGGCUAAUGCUUGGGAGGGGGCUUCUUAAAGGGUGAGAGGAGGACAAAUAGCUUGUGCUCUCUUCCCAGGGUGACGUAGUAGUUUAACUCAGGUAGCUGUUUCAAGAAAUUCUGAACCCUCUUUCCAGUUUACAAUUUGGGCAUCCUUUACUGUCUUGUGGGUGGUGCUGUGGGUUAAACCACAGAGCCUAGGACUUGCCGAUCAGAAGGUCGGCAGUUCGAAUCUCCGCAAUGGGGUGAGCUCCCAUUGUUCGGUUCUUGCUCCUGCCAACCUAGCAGUUUGAAAGCAUGUCAAAGUGCAAGUGGAUAAAUAGGUACCACUCCGGUGGGAAGGUAAACGGCGUUUCCGUGCGCUGCUCUGGUUCAUCAGAAGAGGCUUAGUCAUGCUGGCCACAUGAACCGGAAGCUGUACGCCGACUCCCUUGUCCAAUAAAGCGAGAUGAGCGCUACAACCCCAGAGUCAGCCACAACUGGACCUAAUGGUCAGGGGUCCCUUUACCUUUACUGUCUCACUUGGGAACAUAGGAAACUGCCUUAUCCCAAGCUUGGCUGGUUUAUCAAGCUCUGGCUGGCAGUGGCUCUCCAGGGAUUCAGACUUGGGUUUCUCUCAGCCUUACCUGAAGGUGCAAGGAAUUGAAGCUAGGACAUUCUGCAUGCCAGACAGAUGUUCUACCACUGAGCUGUAGCCCUUCUGGGUUUCAAAGGCGUACUCUAAAGAGGUGAAGAAAAUACAAAUAAACCACAAUGCUUCUAAACUUUAAAAAUAAACUAAGAAGAAGACUCAAAUCUUAGAAAGGGGAAACAACUCUCAAAAUCCUGGCCUGACAAACAGAACCCGCAAUGCCUUGCAAGUAAAGGUGAGGAUUUCUUUACUAUGGAAGAAAAUAUCCUAAUUGACCAAUUCUGGAUGUUCCCACCAUUAAUACAAACUGACAUCUUGGGAAGACUAGAUAAGCUAAGAGAUAAGCUGGCUGAGAGAGCUUCAGGCAACGAGGUUAUCAAGGGGGACCAAAAAAAGACCACAACACGUAACCUUCAGAUCAAAGCGGAGAUUAACUUUCCACCAAGAGAGAAUGUGCCACCCUUCAAGACUGAUAUAAAGAGAGUCCUGACCAAUCAAACCAGUGAUCUAUUUAGUCCAAUGUCCUGUUCCCUACAGUGGCCAGCAUCAGAUACUCAAUUUGACGUGCCCACAAUCAGGUCAUGAAGUCAAUAACCCUCUCCCAGUUAUUCUUCAGCAGCUGCUAGUCAGUGCUAUACUGCCCCUGAAUAUGGAGGCUGCAUGUAGCUAUCAUCAAUUGUAGCCAUGGAUGCCCUCACUUUCCUUGGAGAGGCAACUGACAGCAUCAACUGGUUAUCAAAGUUUUAAAAAGCAGCAUCAGAAAACUGUUGUUAAAAUGUGGCACCCUCAAAGGCACGCUGGGGGAAAAUAGGUUUUAAUUGCUCACUGGAAAAAGGAGCUGAGAUGAAGCCAGGUGGACUGCUCUCGAGACGGCAUUUUAUCACAUUGAAGCCGCCACAGAGAAGGCCCUGUCCUUUGUGUCCUUCUGAUAGUACAGAGAACCAGAGCAGUUGACCUCAGCCCUCAUCCAAGUUCAUAUGAUGGCUCCAUCCCAUGAGCCUAGCCAGGACUCCACAAAGCCUAGAGCAAUUACAGGUUUGUCCAUUCUAAGUCUUGUUCUGUACCAACAGGACAGAGGUCACAGUCACAGGCCAAAGGCAAUUUAUCAAUAGAUAUAUUGAUUGAUUUUAUUUGUAGAGUUGGAAGGAGCCACUAGGAUCAUCUAGCUCAAACCACUGCAAUGCAGGAAUCUUUUGCUCAAUUUACGACCCUGAAAUUAAGAGUCUCAUGCUCUACCAACUGAGCUAUCCCAGUUGAUGUGUGUGUGUGUAUCACUAUUCACAAAAAUUAGCAGAGCCAUUUACAACUAUUUCACAUAUAAUCAUACCAUAAAAACCACAUAAAAUGUUAAAAUCUGCAGAGAGUUUCCUCAAAGCCUUAGCUGGAAAGAAAAUCUCUGUCGAUAGUAUCAUAGUUCAGUGACAUUAUGGAGAAUGUAUGGGAAUAUUCCCAGUAUUUGUUGUUAAUGUUAAAAGACAACGAGUGCUUCCCUCCGCCCUUGUAUGUGGUAGAAUUCCAUUAUUGGAGCAAUGUUGUAACCGCAGUUGAGAACAUUGCUGGAUAUAAGAUCCCAUUAAGCCCCACGCUUCUUCUGCUUGGUGUGCGUAAAAAUAGAACACAGGCGUUUCAGCCAGUAACUUGCUGAUCUCUUCCCAAAUUUCAUUAGAAAGAUUUAGGAAACAAAGACAGCUCCCAAUAUUGAACGGUGAUAGGCAGAAUCUGUGGCUUAUUGUGCUAAUAGCAACCAUCUGCUUUCUUUUGAAUCACCAAAGAGAAAUGGUCAUGAAGAAGUACUGGCCAUAGUACAUUACUUCAGGCACAACCUAAACUGUACGCUUUUUAUUUUAAUCUUUUUUUAAAAUGCAAUAAGUAAACAAUAUUUUUGAAAAUAAUGAUGAUGAUGAACUGAGGUUCCUCCUUGGGCCAAAGAUCUGAGCAAUUUUGAGUAAGGAAGGCUUGGAAGAAGUUGCCAUUCUCCAGGGGGUGCCAAACAUCUUCAGUCAAAGCACCAAAUGCUAGAUGGGAAGAGACUUUUGGUCAAUAGAACUGAAUGAUUGACAGCGAUGUAGCAAACUUUUUACAUUUCCUUAAGUGUAUAGAAGGACAGCUGGGAAAUAUGUAACUGACAGGAUGUCCCUAGGUAGAUCUAUUCUUUCUUUUCCAAAAAUGCUUUGACUUUUUCAUGGCGGGAAUCUCUCUCUCUCUCUCUCUCUCUCUCUCUCUCUCUCUCUCUCUCUAUCUAUCUAUCUCAGUCAGUAGAGCUUGAGACAGGGUUGUGGGUUCAAGACUCCUACAUUGCAGAGGGUUGGACUAAAUGAUCCUCAUGGUUCUUUCCAAGUCUAUAAUCCUAUGAUUCAGUUAUAUAUUACAGUGGUACCUUGGGUUACAUACGCUUCAGGUUACAGACUCCGCUAACCCAGAAAUAGUGCUUCAGGUUAAGAACUUUGCUUCAGGGUGCGAACAGAAAUCGUGCCCUGGCGGUGCGGCAGCAGCAGGAGGCCCCAUUAGCUAAAGUGGUGCUUCAGGUUAAGAACAGUUUCAGGAUAAGUACGGACCUCCAGAACGAAUUAAGUACUUAACCCGAGGUACCACUGUACAUAUAUUGUAUACCAGCUCUACUUUUUCCACUGUGACAGAAGGUUCACCAAUGUGGGUGACUGGCAUGUCAAUGUUUGUGAAUAACCUUUGAGGUAUCUCAGGAGCAGAACACCUGCUUGGCAUGCAGAAGGUCCCAGGUUCUACCUAGCAUCUCUAGGUAGGCCUGGGAAAGACUCUUUGAAGGCCUGGAGAUGAGUGUAGAGACCAGCAUUGUCAUGGUCCGGUCUAUGGGCAAUCGAAGUCCUGGCUGAGAAUGUCAGGACCGGGGGCAAGAUGGCAGGGUGGGAGCAGGAACGAGAGUCCAGAAGCCAGGGGUCCGAGGGUCAGGGAGCAGGGAGUCACAAAGUCAAGGGUCCAAGGGGCAAGGAGUCAAGGAGCUGAGGUCCGAGGAUCAGGAAGCAAGGAGGCAAACGCAGCAAGGCAGGAAACAUGUUGCUGUGGCAAAGACCCGAAGGGAAAUGCUGACCUUAUAUCCCUUCCCGGCUCUAGCCACCUGGUGCAGUGAGUUACCAAGCGGCCUCACCUGUGCGGCUGCGCCUUGCCUCUCCAGAACAAACUUAGGAAGGCCCCAGUCCUGCGAAGCCCUACUGGUCACAGGGCCUGGCUCCUGCACGCACUCCUGACAAGCAUUUUCCCAAGUUGUGGGUGAUGAUCCACCAGUGGCUCACAAAGCCCUGUGCCAGGUGGGUUGCAGGCCUUAUAAGUAAGCUCCAAAUAAUUAUUGCUUUUAAUCCUUCAGUGGUAUGAGGAAUACCUCUUACCUCAUUGUUUUGUUAGUGUAUUAUAAUGCUGCGGUGAUACUUGCAACCAAAUCUCAGAAAGGCUCGAGUCUUAUAUUUCAGCACUUGGGAGCUGCUGUUUGCCGGCUGGCAGCAGAUCCAGCGAUCAUUCAACAAAAGGUGGUCAUACAGGGAGUUGUUUUGAGUGACACUUAUGGCUUGUCUCUGAUUCAUAGGAGACAAGAUGUCAUAGCCACCCAGAACAACUCCCUGUGGUGAACCAUCAUUAGAUCUACCAUUAGAGUUAGUUAGAUUCUUCAGCAACAUUUGCUAUGAAGACGAAAUACAGAAGCAGGUUAAGUAUCAGUAAUGAUCUGGGACGAUGUCUGACAACUUUCAAACCCUGCAUUGUCAUUCCAACUGAUAUUAUUAUUAUUAUUAUUAUUAUUAUUAUUAUUAUUAUUAUUAUUAUUAUAUUUAUACCCUGCCCAUCUGGUUGGGUUUCCCCAGCCACUCUGGGCAACUUACAGACAAAAGGCAAGCUCACACAUCCCACUCAUACUUGCAGAAAUGGACUGUAUUUGAUCCUUUUUUUGUCUGACGGUUUUCAUUGGGUUGUUUUUUUAUUGAUAACCAUCCCUGGAUUCUUUUGAAUGAACUGUGGUUUCGAAACACAUUCAGUCAAUAGGAUGUCAUAUAAGGCAAGGCUCCCCAUGACCAAAACCAACCAACUUUGGGUUUGCCUACCCACAUUGCCAACUCUGGUGGCAGCUCUGCCUUAGAUGACCUCACCAUCACAGACACAGAAAAAUCUAUGUGCCUCUUGGCCAACCAGUAAUUGGCAAACACCUACAGUCUUUCUUCCUGCUUUCUGAAUGUACAGUAAGUGUCCUUCCUUCCCCCUCUCUCAUUCCAGGUGAAGGAGGACUGGAAGUACGUGGCAAUGGUCAUUGACAGAAUUUUCCUCUGGAUGUUCAUCAUUGUUUGCUUGCUGGGGACUGUGGGCCUAUUCCUACCUCCUUGGCUGGCAGGAAUGAUCUAG